AUGGCUUCCUCGGCCUCCCGACCCGGCGUAGUCCCGCAACAAGACCUCGAGUCGUUCCAAGAGCACUUGAACAAGUCCACACGCAUUCUCGCGCUCCUCGGCGCCGGAUUGUCUGCCUCUUCAGGCCUCCCCACAUUCAGAGGCGCCGGAGGACUGUGGAGGACCCAUGAUGCUACACAAUUGGCCACUCCAGAGGCCUUCUCAGCGGACCCGGGUCUGGUAUGGCAAUUCUACAGCUACCGCCGACAUAUGGCCCUCAAGGCGAAGCCAAAUCCCGCGCACUACGCCCUCGCCGAGCUGUCCAGGAAGAAGGAGAGCUUCCUCACGCUUUCCCAGAACGUAGACGGCCUCUCCCCGCGUGCAAACCACCCCGAGGAGUCGCUGAAGCUGCUCCACGGGUCGCUGUUCGACGUCAAGUGCUCUGAUUUCUUCUGCAACUACCUCGAGAAGAACAAUUACACAGACCCGAUAGUGCCCGCGCUCGCCAUUCCCACGUCAGAGGAAGAUCCCACCACCACAUCCGCCCUCGCGUCGCGCGAGCUCGACAUUGCUGAUGAGAACGUGCCUAUCCCCGAGCUGAGCUACAAGCACCUCCCCAAAUGUCCGAAAUGCAAGCGCGGCCUGCUGCGCCCGGGCGUGGUAUGGUUCGGCGAGAUGCUGCCCGAGAAGGUGCUGGAUGACAUUGAAGAAUGGAUACAAAAGAAGGACCCGAUUGAUCUGAUCAUGGUCAUUGGGACAAGCGCAAAGGUGUAUCCCGCGGCCGGGUUCGUCGACCGUGCAAGGGCAAAGGGCGCCCGGGUCGCCAUCAUCAACAUGGACAAGAACGACGUACCUGCGAGCGGACUAGCCAAGGGCGAUUGGUUCUUCCAGGGCGAUGCGGCUCAGAUAUUGCCUGAGAUACUGAGUAGUCUCAUUGGCGAACUGAAGGAGACGCCUGAUGCAGCUGCGGGAGCCGACAACGCGGUCAUCGAGGCGGCAGCAUAG